AUGAGAUCUACCAACCCGGCGACCGCGUCUUCCUGCUCACGCACGGCCAGUACUACGGCUGCCUCGCCACGGUACGUUGUAACCCGCACGGCCCGUUCCCCUCACUCCUCCAAUCAGUAUGAGAUCUACCAACCCGGCGACCGCGUCUUCCUGCUCACGCACGGCCAGUACUACGGCUGCCUCGCCACGGUCCUGGACUCUGAGGCGAUACGCAGUGGCCGCAUCAAGGUCUCCGUCCAGGAGAACUUCGAGCCAAUUGUCACGAGUGACGUCAACGCCAGCCCCUACCGCUCGGCGAACCACGCCGCCGCCUCUUGUGGUAUAUCAGCUCAACUGCUGUCCCGCAUUACUGGAACGGUGCUUGUCGUGCUCGGCGAGAGGAACAACUUGCCCACCGAGAACCAGAACAAGUUGAACAUCGGCCUCAAUCUCAAAUUCAAUAAGAAGAACCAGGAGGUGUCGGGGUACACCCGCCGCUGCGCCGUGAGCAACUCCUGGCUCUACUCGGAGCGCUGCAUCCAGCUGGUGAAGAGCUACGCGCGCCAGUUUCCCGACGUGUUCGACAACCUACCCCACCACUUCGACAGGAACAUCGUCUUCGAGGCGGAGCUCUGGCCCGGCGAGACGGGGGGGGGCAAGGUCCAGGAGGUGGUCUCCUGGCUGAAGGAGCAGAAGCACGGCAGCGCGGCGCGUCGGCCCUGCGGCUCGGAGGCGCUGGAGCCCGAGGAGCUGCUGCUGCUGGCCGAGAAGCAGAGGCUCCAGUUCGAGAUGGCGCCGCCGCAGCGCAGCCUCACGCUGCACGUCAAGUGGAGCCUCCUAUACAAGCCGGAGCUGCACGAGGGCAACGUGACGCCCGACCCGUCGGCCGACUUCCGCAUGCACGACCGCGUGGUGUGCGUGUCGCGGCACAUGAGCGUGCCGACGGGCGCGCGCGGCACCGUCACCGCCGUGUACCGGCCGGCGGAGUGCAACACGGUGCGGCUCGCGGACAAGCUGAACGCGGCGCCCAGCUACCAGGUCAUGUUCGACGAGCCCUUCGUCGGCGGCAUGACAGAGGAGAUGUUCGCGGAGCCGCGCUUCUACAGGAUGCAGGCCACGAACAUGUUGAACAUCUCGUACGGACGGAAGCUGCGGCAGGCGAGGAGCGCCAACAAGGAGCCAAGCGAGUGGACGGGCAUCAACGCGCCCAUUCUGCUGCGCCGCGACCAGCACCACUCCGCCUUCGCGAGCUACAGCCCACCGGUGGACAGGAAGACUCCGGUGGCCGAAAAUCGCACCAACGAAGCCAUCAACAAUGGGGCCCCGGCGGACAGUGCCACCAACCUGUUACGUAGUCUUCUAAAAAUUAGCGAAAAUGAGGAGUCCAAAAAGGAUAAUAAGAAUUGGCAUGAUCAAAACAACUGGCGCAAAUCCGAUAGUAAGACUUCCAUCCCAACACCAAAGACAGCGCAGCAGGAGAACUGGCGCAGAGAGGCCAUUCCACCUCAGCCGCAACCCACGCCCAAAGAGUGGACCAACAACAGUUUCAAGUGGGGAUCGAACCCACACCCUCUGGCGCUAAAGACAUGGUCCAUAACCACUAUCCUGAUUUCAGAGCCGGCCGCCGGCCGCGACGUUCCCGUCGGUGGUUCAGCCGCUCCGGGUUCCCGGGGCAACGCAAGUGCCCUUCCCCCAGUUCCGCCCCGCCCCCGCCCCUCUGUCCGCCCCCGCCCCUUAUUCCGCCCCCGCCCCUUCAUCCGCCCCCGCCCCUUCAUCCGCCCCCGCCCCUUCAUCCGCCCCGCCCCUUCGUCCGCCCCCGCCCCUUCGUCCGCCCCCGCCCCUUCGUCCGCCCCCGCCCCUUCGUCCGCCCCCGCCCCUGCAUCCGCCCCCGCCCCCCAAUCCUUCCCCCCGCACUUGCCGAGCGUCAGCAACAAUAAAGUAGUCACCGGCUGGUGGAAGGGCGAGAAUCUCUCAACAGUGCCAAAUGUUAGCAAGCAACAGCCACCCACUGCGGAGAAGGUGAACCACCCUUUUGUGCCACUUCAAGUGCAGACUAGUCAAAGACGAGUACAAAACAAUAGCGGUCCGUCGAACAGCAGAAAAGAUUUGGAGGGACUGCCUGCACCAAAAUCGGUACUGCCAAAACCCCAAUCUAAUAAUGAAACAACAUUCCAACAGGCUCAGAACUCGAGAGGUAAACCACAAAGAAAGAAGAAACCACGUAUAGCCGCCAAUCUCCCCUUCCAGAUGGAU